AAAGAUUUCGCGCGAAAACCGUCCGAGCCUUGUUUAGAUGUAGAUCAGCUGGGACAAUAACAACAACAAUAGGCGAUAACGGGGUCGGACGGGGUCGCAGGAGACUUUUAUAAAUGGACCCGCGCCCGGUGUGAGCAGCUGACGGACCAGCAAAUGCUGUUUUAAAGGAUUCGCGUGAUUUCACCGGUUUAUUUCCUUACAUUUCCAGUUUUGUCAGAGUGCUUCCUGCGUGCCCCAACAAAACGAGGGGGUUGAAGAAUUGCGGCUAAUAACUCAGCUAGCAUGCUAAUCUGUCCUAUAUUUUUAAAUUUAACGAUAUCGCUUUAUACUCGCUCAACUAACUGUCGCUUUAUUAGCUACGUGUACUCUCAAAAAUGCUUUUAAGUUAUGGUAAUGUAUUUGCAUUGUGGAUAUUUUAUUUCGAUAGCUCACUUCUGGAAAUGCUUCUAUAAAGUUUUGAUAGCCAUUUAUCUGAGCCCCGUCUUGGGUGUAAAUAGAAAUAAUAUUGUUUUAUACACUUAAAUAGCUAGUUUCUCGGCUGCACCGGGUUGUUUGUUAACUUGUGUCAGUCUUUGUUGUCAGGACAUAAGCUAGCUCGUUAGCAGUGUUGGUAGUUGUGUUAAGGGCAGUGUGGCCAGGCCUCGCGGCUGUAUGUACUACCAGGAGAGAUGAAAACAAAAGAUUAGCUUGCUAGCUCGCUAACCAACAGCGUUUAUUGCUGCCACGGCCAAUUUGCGACUCUUCUUGGAUAAUAUAUCAGCGGCUGAGCCUCAAGGCGCAGAGUUGGUAUGCGUUUAGCAAAAUUGUUUUCUCUGCCAAAUUUGCUGUUUGGCAGAACAGCCUGUCUUGCUGUUUGUCCACCAGCUUAAAAUAAUGUUCCAGCAGUUAGCUAACAAUAGGUUAUCAUAUAUGUUUAAGUAAUGUUGUUAGUCAUAAUGCAUUUGUAGUAGAUUGUUUAUAAGCAAUAAGAUGGGCAAUAGAGAAAGGGGAACUUUUUAAAGAAAUGUUCAAGCUGCCUAUAAACAUCUACAAGCAAACUUUUAGAAGGUUUCAUUAUUGUUCCUUAAAUUACAGUACAGAAAAUCCAAGUGGGUGUUGAUACUUAAACUGCAAAAACUAGUUUGCGACCCCUAAAGUCCAGUGAAGGGGUACUCAGUGAUACACUGCAAUGUCAGAGACUCUGAUAACAGGGCAGACAUCGGAGGAUCUGUUGGCUGACUUUGAGACUUUGCUGAACUCUGGGACUAUUGACCUGGGUGGGGACCAUCAGAUAGUGAUCAUCACCAGCCCCAGCAAUGAGGGUCUCCACCCAGCCGCGGCCCCCACCAGCACAGGGGAAAUCCUGCUGUUUGCCACGCCACAGGGCCCUGUUGAUGUAGGGGUCCAGGACAAGAGACGACCGGCUCUGGGAAGACCUCCGGUAAAGAGAAAGUUGGACCUGGAUAGUGACCAUCAGUAUGUCAGCACCACUCGACCGUCCAUAGGCCAAGCACCACCCUCCACACCUGCCCCACCCAGAGUUCCUCGAACCACGACGGAGAAGUCACGGUAUGACACUUCCUUGAACCUGACCACCAAACGCUUUCUGGACCUGUUGUCCCAGUCGGCUGACGGCGUGGUGGAUCUGAACUGGGCUUCGCAGGUCCUGGAUGUCCAGAAGAGACGCAUCUACGACAUAACCAACGUCCUGGAGGGAAUCCAGCUCAUCUCAAAGAAGUCCAAGAACAACAUCCAAUGGCUUGGUAACCGAGUUGAUGCGGCAUUGGUUGCCCGCCAUAAGGAGUUGCAGAGGGAGGUGUGUGACCUCACAGAGGCGGAGGAGCAGCUGGACGAGCUCAUUUCCAAAUGCAACCUACAGCUCAGACUGCUCACAGAGGACCCACAGAACAAGAAAUUGGGCUACGUGCGCUGCCAGGACUUAAGAAAUUCAUUUGAUUCCCCGGACCAGCUCGUCAUGGUGAUCCGAGCUCCACCAGAGACCCAGAUGCAAGUUUCAGAACCCAGCCAGAGUUACCAGGUGUCGUUGAAGAGCACGCGGGGUCCAAUUGACGUCUUCCUCUGUCCAGAGGACAACUCCGGCGUCUGCAGCCCCGUGACAGGAAGUAGUCCCUCUAAACCCAAUGCUGACCCCUCCCUGGUGCCGCCUCCCACAAAACCUACGGACCAAUCACAAGCCAGAACAUCCACAACAGCCCUGGAAGUGGGUUUAUCAUCGCCAGCGUCCACGGCAUCCACAGUGACAGCAACCUCCCAGCAGGACCCCUCAUCGCUGGUGUUAGGUGGGGACACAGAAUCGCUCCUGGGAGGCGACCCCUUCUCCAACCUCGGAGACAUGCCCGAUUUUGACCUCUCACCCCUCUCCUCUGCGGACUUCCUGAGUGGAGAUGGCCUUUCUCUCCCAUUGGACGGUUUUAUCAAUCUGUCCCCUCCCCACAGCCACGACUACCACUUUGGACUGGAGGACCAUGAAGGCAUCAGUGAACUGUUUGAUUGUGACUUUGGUGACCUAUCGCAUGUUUUGGGGGACAGUUAAAUGAAGAAGACGAGGGGGAGACAAGAAGCAUGUGUGGGCGUCUAGAUUUUGGACUUUUCCUCUGUUCCCUGGGGCUUCUAAAAGAGGCCUUGAAAUCAACAUUUUAUGGGCAAAAAAAACAAUUUUAAUGUUUUACUUGUGCAGUGUGGGAAAAUGUCUUGUGUAGUAAUUGCCUGUGAUGCUCAAAAUGCCACCCUAACUACAACAUCUCAGUCCCCAAAAUUGUACAGCACAUUAUUAGCACUUCUCUUUGGCCAUUUAAGUUUUAGAUCCAGACUUUAGCUUUAGUAUAGCUAUUUAAAUUAUUUAUAUGAAUGUUAUUUUGAUAUUUUGUACGAAGUGCGUUUUUUGUUGCUAUUGAUAAUGUUUUAUCCAAGUGGAUUGUGCAGGUGUUUGUGUGUAGAGUAUGGACUCAUGGGGCUGGUUUCCUUAACACUGAUUAGCUUACAUGCUACUAAUUCAUAAUGCUGGUUUUUAGACACCUCAGUCUGCAGUGUUUUCUCCAAAGGGGAAAGGUUUGCAUCCCACUGCUGUGCUGCGUGAAUAAAACCGGCAUCAUGAGGAGUGCAGAUUCAGUGCUGAGCUGUCCAAAAGCGUCUCGGAGCUGCAGCGCAGUUUCACACUUAAAAUAGUUUUUUCCCACAAUGACAGAGGUCAUUAUAAGCACAAAAGUAAAGGCUUCUCCAUUAAUAAUUCGUUUGAUCUAAAACACUGGAAUCCUAACAGAAUGGUUUCUCUUAUGUCUCUGUGUCUGACAGUGACACUCAAGGUAUCAUUGCCCCCCCCAACUUUUAAUGACUAGAUUUGUAGAUUUGCACGUUUUACAGUGUCCGACAGUGGAUGAACAAGGAUUUGUAAUAAAUAGCUAAUUAGCAAUUUUUAAUUGCCCUCGAAACCCACUGACCAACAGAUGGGCGGUCUUUACAAGGCUGUAAAUAUUUAUGUAAAAAAUGAACACAAACAAGAACAUAGAUGCUUUUGGGGAGCUUGACUCUCAUCUUUCUUCAAAUAAAUGGUAACAUAAAGGGUUACCAUGACAUUUCAUUCAUUCAUAACCGUUCUUCGAAAGACAUUUCCAAAGGAGGUAGAGACUCCACGGUGUGACCAAUAAUGUGGGUUUGAAGGAAAAAAUAAGCAAUUGAAAUCUGAAAGGUCCAGAUGGGAUUUGUCAGUGUGCAGGAAACCAGGUGAUGAUAGUCUGCUACAGGUUUGCUAGUGAUGAAAAACUAAUACUGAAUAUGUUCUCUAUUAGUUAGCUAGGCGUUUAGCCAUAGUCUCAGGUGUUCGGAGCAGAGUAAAGUCUUAAAUCAAUGUUUUUGAUGCAAACAUGUAUGAGAGUGGAACUGUUUUGGAUGCAUUUUGUGGGUCUUGUGUAGGUUUGGUAAUAGGUAUUUACAGGUUUAGAAAAUUGUCAAAGACAGUGCAUGCUUUUUGGUUUUUGUUUUUAGCCAAGGGUUCAAGUGAGAAAAGUUCACCAGAUGCCUGUAGACUAAUGCUCCCAAAACCACCCGACUGAUAUUGUUAUGCGGAGAAGCUCCAAGCAGGUCCGAAGCCCAGACACACAGUUAAAGAAGUUCAAUAGAUCCUCACGGACCAUACACUCUUAAUUGCAUGUUUUUGAAAGCAUUCAGUGUGUGUUUUUUUAAAGCUACAUCUUUUCUUUUAGCAGUCUAAUCGGUGUAGAGGAGUGAUGACUUUAGAAAGGGUUAAGUGGAAGCGAUGAAUUUUUUGAAAGGAAUUCAAAACAGGGACAUGCUGUUGUUUUUCAUUAUAUGCGCUUCAGAUCAGUUGAGAAAGUUAAUGUUCAUGCCUUAAAUCAAUGACCUCUACCAGGUAAAGGGAGGUACCUGGGAUAUUUUAUCUCAGCCCCAAAAGGAUCAAUUCCUUCUUGUUUUUCUACGAUAGUCACAUCAGGCGCCGUCUUCACGUACUACAAACGUACAUGCCUGGGUCCUUUGGGAACCACAUUGAUUUUGAGUUUAAAUAAGCAGCAAUAACAAAGAUGUUUUUGCAUCAUGCACUCAGAGUAUGAGAUGAAAAACUGUCCUGCUACAUGUCAUGUAUUGUCUUAGUUAGCAAAGUCUGCAUCCAACUUGUUUUCUUGUUCUAAGUUAUGUAAGCUAAACUAUUGGGUUUUAAUGUGUGUGUGUGGGUGCAUGUGUGUUGAAAAUACAAAUUGUUUUGUUGAAUUUCAUAUUUAUUUAAGAAAAAAAGGGGUUCACUAGAAAAAAAUGGUACACUUGUCAUUAAUUUCCUGGCAGUGACUUUACACCUAUUCCAUUACCAAAGAGGUUGUGAUAAUAACAAUAAUAAUAAUAAUAAUAAUAAUAAGAGGCAACCCUCACGUUCUUGGAGUGUCGCCUCUUACUAUUAUAACCUCUUUGCUUUUACUUGGUAAAUCCAAGCAAAUCAUUUGUUGAUAAAUGUGUCCUUCAGUGGUGAAAAGAAGUGUUUCUUUUGUAAAUGAGCUUCUCGUCAGUAGCACAUUUAUAUUUAGAGAUUUUUUAUUUUUUAUUUCCCUUAUACAGAAUAUAUUUCCCUGUCUUACCUGUUGUGCUUCUGCAGCCUUUGCGUUGGCUUAUGAUGCAACAAAAAAAAUUCAGGAAUACAUUUAUUUGUCAUUUUGACUGAACCAACUAAAAUCAGUUUAGAUGACGGAUAUCUCCAUGUUGCAGGCAACCUAGCUAAUCUAAGGUUGUACAUGUGUUGUAGUGUAGCCUUUGGGUGCCUCAAACUGUCAUGUGAGUGUGUGAAAACCUUAUAACUACAGCCAUCUUUUAUUUCCUUUAUCUUCAGGUCUGUGGAAACCAUAACAAUGCAUAAUUUCAACAGCUUCUGAACAUUUUUCAACUGACAGCGGUGUUACAAGCCACUAAAAUGUUAGGCUCCUUUAGUCACCCUUAGAAUGUAUAUGACAUUUUGUUUUUUUUUGUCUUUCUCUGCGAUUAACUUCCAAACUGAGCGACAUUGUUGUUGAAUGUCAGCAGUUCAUGUUGUCAACCUGUCAUAUGUUGCAUCGUGUUUCUGUUCUCUGCAGGACAAAUGCAGUGCCUUGUUAAGGUAGAAUCUUAAUUAUUAAUUAAAUGUCAAAUCAGGAUUUUGUUUUAUGUGCAGCCAUGGUGAAAGAAUGCAGUGUUUUCAGGUGUUUUGUAUGGUUUUUGUGGAGUUUUAAGUGAAGAUAAGCACCAGGGUUGAAAUCAAAUCACCUUCAGUUAAUUUUUUAUUUUUAUUUUUAAACUCGUUAUAAGAAAAUAAGAUUGAGAAUUGUAGGAAUCAAAGCACGAACGAGUUCAAUUUUAUACAAAGGUGACUUUUCAUGUGUUGAAGUGACUGCGGGGUACACAAAAGGUUUACAAGUGCAAUCUGCUACAGAAUUGUGGUUUAACAGACCUAAAGUGAAUUGACUUCAACCCUGAUUCAGUCACUGUUCAAAGUGCUUUUAAGAGAAACUGUAGCUUAUCCAGCAACUUAACAAUCAAUCAGUUUUUUGUGUGUUUUCUACAAAGAAAAUGUUUGUCUCUACAUAUACUGGGUAAAACAAAUACAGAUUUGUACUUGUGAAUUAAUGAGCCCCAUUAUGCCCUUUUGUAUCAAAUUUUCUUUGACAAAAAUAAAAAAUUAACUAUUUUGAUUUGA